AUGCUCCAGGCCUCACUUUUGUCCGUGGUGGCAGCAGUUCUCGCUGCUACGUCCACCGUCUACGCUCUCCCACAAUCAAAUUCAGGGUCAGGGUCAGGCUCUUCAACAGCAUGCAACAAUUCUCCGGACCUUUGCAGCCGCAGUUAUAACAACAUCACACACAUGGGGGCUCACGGAAGCUCUUUUCUACGCGAUGGCAACAACGGACUCGCCGCCGCAGGUAACCAGAACUUCAACGCCACGGAUGCUCUCGACGCUGGUCUUCGUCUGCUUCAGGCCCAGGUACACAAAGAAAAUAACACCCUCCGCCUUUGUCACACUUCCUGUGGCAUUCUCGAUGCUGGCCCACUCGAGGACUGGUUGACUAAAAUCAACGUGUGGAUGAAGGCGAACAAGAAUGAGGUUGUCACUCUGUUGCUUGUCAACUCCGACGAUGCCAAACCUGAUGAGUUUGGUCAAGCCAUUAACGGUUCCGGCAUUGCUGAGCUUGCUUAUGCACCCGCUACCCAAGAACCAACCAGCGAGUGGCCUACUCUCAAGUCCAUGAUCGAUAACAGCACACGCCUCGUAACUUUCGUCACCAACAUUGAUGCUUCGACUCAGUACCCAUACCUGAUGCCAGAGUUCGACUAUGUCUUUGAGACAGCGUUUGAGGUUCCCUCUCUCACCGGCUUCAACUGCACUGUCGACCGCCCCUCAAAGAUUAAGGAUGGCGCUACAGCCAUGGCUAGUAACUAUAUGGGUCUCGUCAACCAUUUCAAGUACCAGAGUCUUUCAGACAACAGUGACUUGUUCGUCCCUGACACUGAGAACAUUGAUACUGUCAACAGUGAUGGUACCAGCGAGGAUGGUCAGCUGGGAAAGCACCUCCAGCAAUGUCGACAGGAGUGGGGUGCUGUGCCCAACUUUGUGCUGGUAGAUUUCUUCGAGAAGGGUCAGGUUCUCGCAGCGACAGACACGAUGAACGGCAUCUCUGACGCCACUGGGCGUGAAGAGGUCUCGGAUGAGUCAAUCGGCAGCACCACUGACAGGCAAGUCGGGAUGGUUGCCCUGACCGCCUUCGUUGCUGCCGCAGUCCUCUUGGUAUAA